UGGAGGACUUGGUGCCCCAGACGGCCUCAGUCCUUCCCAGCUCCAGUACCAGUGCCAUGUCCCAGACAGGCGCGCAUCCCGGGAGGGGCUUGGCGGGGCGCUGGCUGUGGGGAGCCCAACCCUGCCUCCUGCUCCCCAUUGUGCCGCUCUCCUGGCUGGUGUGGCUGCUUCUGCUACUGCUGGCCUCUCUCCUGCCCUCGGCCUGGCUGGCCAGCCCCCUCCCCCGGGAGGAGGAGAUCGUGUUUCCAGAGAAGCUCAACGGCAGCGUCCUGCCUGGCUCGGGCGCCCCUGCCAGGCUGUUGUGCCGCUUGCAGGCCUUUGGGGAGACGCUGCUACUAGAGCUGGAGCAGGACUCCGGCGUGCAGGUCGAGGGGCUGACAGUGCAGUACCUGGGCCAGGCGCCUGAGCUGCUGGGUGGAGCAGAGCCUGGCACCUACCUGACUGGCACCAUCAAUGGAGAUCCGGAGUCGGUGGCAUCUCUGCACUGGGAUGGGGGAGCCCUGUUAGGGGUGUUACAGUAUCGGGGGGCUGAACUCCACCUCCAGCCCCUGGAGGGAGGCACCCCUAACUCCGCUGGGGGACCUGGGGCUCACAUCCUACGCCGGAAGAGUCCUGCCAGCGGCCAAGGUCCCAUGUGCAACGUCAAGGCUCCUCCUGGAAGCCCCAGCCCCAGACCCCGAAGAGCCAAGGUAGGCAGCCCUGGAGUCUGUGUCCUGCGGUGUCCUCCCGCCAUGUCUGUCCUACUGACCCCUAUUCACCCUCUCUCCACCCACUUCCACUUCUGGCCAUUCUGCUUCCCUCCCUUCUGCCUGCCUUUCCUCUUUCCAUGAGCCUCCUUUCUUGGUGAGGCUCAGGCCUCUCCCCUUCACCCUUCUCCUAGCCAGACCCACCAAGGGUUCUCAGAGGUGGGUCAGAGACUCUGGGCUGGGAAUAACUGCUCCCCCUCCCCACCCCACCCCUUCCUGGCCAUGGCAUCUCCUACUGGCACAUGGGGAAUGGAUCUGAUCAUCCACAGCUGCAGCCAGAUUUAUGAUGGAGUCCCUCAGGGCAUGAGGAAGGGACCCUCAGAUCCUAUCAGGGCCUCUGCUUCCACAGGUCAUGUCUUCAACAUGCUCCAUGACAAUUCCAAGCCAUGCAUCAGUUUGAAUGGGCCUUUGAGCACCUCUCGCCAUGUCAUGGCCCCUGUGAUGGCUCAUGUGGAUCCUGAGGAGCCCUGGUCCCCCUGCAGUGCCCGCUUCAUCACUGACUUCCUGGACAAUGGCUAUGGGCACUGUCUCUUAGAUAAACCAGAGGCUCCAUUGCAUCUGCCCGUGACUUUCCCUGGCAAGGACUAUGAUGCUGACCGCCAGUGCCAGCUGACCUUCGGGCCCGACUCACGCCAUUGUCCACAGCUGCCACCGCCCUGUGCUGCCCUCUGGUGCUCUGGCCACCUCAAUGGCCAUGCCAUGUGCCAGACCAAACACUCGCCCUGGGCCGAUGGCACACCCUGCGGGCCCGCACAAGCCUGCAUGGGUGGUCGCUGCCUCCACAUGGACCAGCUCCAGGACUUCAAUACUCCACAGGCUGGUGGCUGGGGUCCCUGGGGACCAUGGGGUGACUGCUCUCGAACCUGUGGGGGUGGUGUCCAGUUCUCCUCCCGAGACUGCACUAGGCCUGUCCCCCGGAAUGGUGGCAAGUACUGUGAGGGCCGCCGCACCCGCUUCCGCUCCUGCAACACUGAGGACUGCCCAACUGGCUCAGCCCUGACCUUCCGCGAGGAACAGUGUGCUGCCUACAACCACCGCACCGACCUCUUCAAGAGCUUCCCAGGGCCCAUGGACUGGGUUCCUCGCUACACAGGCGUGGCCCCCCAAGACCAGUGCAAACUCACCUGCCAGGCCCGGGCACUGGGCUACUACUACGUGCUGGAGCCACGGGUGGUAGAUGGGACCCCCUGUUCCCCGGACAGCUCCUCGGUCUGUGUCCAGGGCCGCUGCAUCCAUGCUGGCUGUGACCGCAUCAUUGGCUCCAAGAAGAAGUUUGACAAGUGCAUGGUGUGCGGAGGGGACGGUUCUGGCUGCAGCAAGCAGUCAGGCUCUUUCAAAAAAUUCAGGUACGGAUACAACAGUGUGGUCACUAUCCCCGCAGGGGCCACCCACAUUCUUGUCCGGCAGCAGGGAAACCCUGGCCACCGGAGCAUCUACUUGGCCCUGAAGCUGCCAGAUGGCUCCUAUGCCCUCAAUGGUGAAUACACACUGAUGCCCUCCCCCACAGAUGUGGUACUACCUGGGGCAGUCAGCUUGCGCUACAGCGGAGCCACUGCAGCCUCAGAGACACUGUCAGGCCAUGGGCCACUGGCCCAGCCUUUGACACUGCAAGUCCUAGUGGCUGGCAACCCCCAGGAUGCACGCCUCCGAUACAGCUUCUUUGUGCCACGGCCAACCCCUUCAACACCACGCCCCACUCCCCAGGACUGGCUGCACCGAAGAGCACAGAUUCUGGAGAUCCUUCGGCGGCGCCCCUGGGCGGGCAGGAAAUAACCUCACUAUCCCGGCUGCCCUUUCUGGGCACCGGGGCCUCGGACGUAGCUGGGAGAAAGAGAGAGCUUCUGUUGCUGCCUCAUGCUAAGACUCAGUGGGGAGGGGCUGCGGGUGUGAGACCUGCCCCUCCUCUCACCCUAAUGUGCAGGCUGGCCCUGCCCUGGUUUCCUGCCCUGGGAGGCAGUGACGGGUUAGUGGAUGGAAGGGGCUGACAGACAGCCCUCCAUCUAAACUGCCCCCCCCUGCCCUGCGGGUCACAGGAGGGAGGGGGAAGGCAGGGUGGGCCUGGGCCCCAGUUGUAUUUAUUUAGUAUUUAUUCACUUUUAUUUAGCACCAGGGAAGGGAACAAGGACUAGGGUCCAGGGGAACCUGACCCUGACCCCUCAUAGCCCUCACCCUGGGGCUAGGAAAUCCAGGGUGGUGAUGAUAGGUAUAAGUGGCGCGUGUGUGUGUGUGUGAAAAUGUGUGUGUGCUUAUGUAUGAGGUACAACCUGUUCUGCUUUCCUCUUCCUGAAUUUUAUUUUUUGGGAAAAGAAAAGGAUAGUAGGGUGGGCCUUCAGGGAGUGAGGGAUUAUCUUUUUUUUCUUUCUUUCUUUCUUUUUUUUUUUUGAGACAGAAUCUCCCUCUGUUGCCCAGGCUGGAGU